CUCCUUCUUCUCCAAGUCAUUUUCUUGUAUCCACUUUUGAUAUGUGUUUUCAAGCAUGGAGAGCCAUAGCAAUGGCUUCAUUGGUCGUUCAGCUCUGCAUUUCUUUUGGGGUUGAAUCUUCUUCAUCUCAUUCUGAUAAGAUUAUCAGGCUUCCUGCACAACCACGUGUGGGCUUUCAACAAUUUUCAGGAUAUGUCACUGUGGAUGACAAGAAGCACAGGAUGCUUUUCUAUUACUUCGUUGAAGCAGAAACAGAUCCGGCUUCAAAACCUUUGGUUCUCUGGUUGAAUGGAGGGCCUGGCUGUUCUUCUCUGGGAGUGGGAGCUUUUUCUGAAAAUGGACCUUUCAGACCAAAUGGGAAGGUUUUGGUGAGAAAUGAGUAUAGCUGGAACAGAGAAGCAAAUAUGUUAUAUUUGGAGACACCAGUUGGGGUGGGGUUCUCUUAUGCCACUGAUAGCUCCUCCUAUGUGGCAAUGGAUGAUGAGGCAACAGCCAGGGACAAUGCUGCAUUCCUGCAACGCUGGUUCAAAAAGUUCCCUCAGUAUAGGCACAGGGAUUUGUUUAUAACAGGGGAGAGUUAUGCUGGCCACUAUAUUCCUCAACUUGCAAAGCUUAUGAUUGAAAUCAACAGAAAAGAAAAGUUAUUCCACUUGAAAGGCAUUGCUUUGGGUAAUCCUGUGCUUGAAUUUGCUACAGACCUCAAUUCAAGAGCUGAGUACUUAUGGUCUCAUGGGUUGAUAUCAGACUGGACAUACAAAAUGUUCACUACUUCUUGUAACUAUUCAAGAUAUGUAAGUGAAUACUACAGAGACUCAGUUUCAAGUAUUUGUUCGCGAGUUAUGAACCUAGUUAACACAGAAACCAGUAGGUUUGUGGACAAAUACGAUGUCACCCUUGACGUGUGUAUUCCGUCAAUUCUCUCACAAUCAAAGGUGUUAAGACCACAGCAAGUAUCUGAGAGGAUAGAUGUAUGCGUGGAUGAUGAAACCAUGAACUAUCUGAAUCGAAAGGAUGUGCGGAAGGCUCUCCAUGCCCGGCUUGUUGGAGUUGGCAAAUGGGAAGCUUGCAGCAACAUUCUGGAUUAUGAUCUGCUAAACCUAGAGAUACCCACAAUCUCAAUUGUUGGAUCACUUAUCAAGGCUGGAAUUCCAGUUUUGGUUUACAGUGGAGAUCAAGAUUCUGUUAUUCCAUUGAUUGGUAGCCGCACCCUUGUUCAUAGACUGGCAAAGGACUUGGGACUGAACACGACUGUACCUUAUAGAGCUUGGUUUGCAGGAAAACAGGUUGGUGGAUGGACUCAAGUUUAUGGCAAUAUGCUCUCAUUUGCCACAAUCAGAGGCGCUUCUCAUGAGGUUCCAUACUCGCAGCCUGAGAGAUCACUCGUGUUAUUCAAGUCAUUUCUGGAAGGCCAACAUCUACCUGAAGCUUUCUGAUGCUACUGAGUGGAGGCCCAAAGUCAUAUGAUGGUGAGAUAUUGUAUUUAGCAAGUUAUAUAUACGUUGUUAUUAUAGUCAAUAAAGCAUUUUUUUGUCUUUGCAAAAAAGGAAAAAAAAAAAAAAAAGAAUCAUGUAUGAGUGUGAUUAUGAGGCUUUCUCAAUGUAAUGGAUCUUUGGAUCGGAGAAAUUUUGUGGGAAAUAUGAAAAUGAAUGCUCUCUUUUUACCAA